GUUCUAAAUAAUGUUAUAAACUAUUUUUGACUAAUUUAUAGUUUGUGUUUUAAUGUAAAAGCACACAAACGCAUCCAUAUGGUAUCAGUGUGUAUAAACAAAUGAUUGUCACUGACGAACAAGGUAGGGAUUGUUGAUUCUGAGCUGCUUUAGAGAAUGUAAUCAUCAUCACCUGUUCAUAACCUCAAAAUAACGUAAUGGAAUCUUCAACCCGACGAGAAUGGAACGAACAAGAACAGAACAAAUUAUCCUUUUUUGUCGGUUUAGGGCUAGCUUUACUGUCCACCCUUUUCAUAGGGUCGAGUUUUAUAAUAAAGAAAUUGGCUCUUUUGCGACUUAACCGCAAAGGGGCCAUUCGAGCUGGAGCUGGCGGCUACGGUUAUCUCAAAGACUGGAUGUGGUGGCUAGGACUCAUAACAAUGGGUAUUGGCGAGUUAGCAAAUUUUGCGGCUUACACAUUUGCACCUGCUUCGCUAGUAACACCUUUAGGAGCCCUAAGCGUGUUAGUGUCAGCAGUAUUAUCCUCAAAGUUUCUCAACGAAACGUUGAACUCGCUGGGAAAGUUGGGGUGUUUGCUGUGCAUUUUGGGUUCGAUUGUGUUGAUUAUACAUUCCCCCAAAGAACAGGAGGUUAAGUCUGUGGAGGAGCUACUGGACAAAGUACACCGGACGUAUUUUCUCGAUUAUGUCGUUUUUGUGGCUUUGGUGACUGUGUUUAUAGGUUUCUACAUGGGACCUCGGUAUGGGAAUAGGCACGUGAUGGUGUACAUCACGUUGUGUUCGGCAGUCGGAAGUUUGUUGGUUAUGGCGUGUAAAGGAUUGGGGUUGGCGAUAAGCGAGACGUUGUCCGAGUCUAAUAAUAACACGAGUUAUUGGGCAGCUUGUAUGUUUUUGAUGACCGUGGUAAUAUGUAUUUUUAUUCAGAUGAAUUAUUUGAACAAAGCUUUAGAUUUAUUCAACACUAGUGUUGUGACGCCGGUUUAUUAUGUGAUGUUCACUAGUUUGGUGAUCAUCGCAUCGGCGAUUUUAUUUAACGAGUGGGGGAAUAUGAGUUUUGAGGAUAUUCUGGGAAGUACGUGCGGUUUCCUAGUCGUGAUUGUUGCCAUAUUUUUGUUGCAAAAUUUUCGAGACAACAAAUAUUUGGAUGUUGACGAUUUAAAAUGUAGGUAUCAGAGGCAAUCUCUGUUGAGGAAUGGUUGUAAAAGCGACUACCAGUCCGGGGUUUUGUAUGCGUAGGGAAUCGUAAAUUUUCUACCUCAUUAGUGCUGUGAAUGUUUUAUUCGCCAUAAUUCGAUGUUCAAAAUGUAAUUUAUUAGUUCCUUAUAUUUACAUAAACCUAUUUUGUACAUAAUACGAGUAGUUACGUACGUGUAACCUUAGCGAUAUUUAUUUGCUAGUAAAAGAUGAAAUAAUUUA